GCGGGCUCCCCUCCGAGCCAGCGCGUCGGGCUGAGCGGCCGCGGGGCUCUGGGAGCGGCGGGUCUGCGCGGGGAAGGGCAUCUGAGUAAAAGAAAAGGAAGGAAGAUGAAAUUCCUAUCCUUAAUAGUUUUCAUCCAUCUCUUACCACAAUGCGCCGGGAAACCUUUAAGCAGGGAUGACUGCCACCAAUACACAUUCGAAGAAAUUAAAAGAGAAACAGCUGGGUAUUCCGAUAUUGCCAAGGCUAUUAUUAACCUUGCUGUUUAUGGCAAUGUCCAGAACAGAUCCUAUGAAAGACUGGCACAUUUUGUUGACACCAUUGGACCUAGACUCAGCGGCUCCAAAAAUCUAGAGAUGGCCAUCAAAUACAUGUUCCGUGUCCUGCAGGAGGAUGGGCUGGAAAAUGUCCACUUGGAGCCUGUAAAAGUGCCUCACUGGGAGAGGGGAGAAGAGUCUGCUAUGAUGUUGGCACCAAGGAAGCACAGCAUUGCUAUAUUAGAACUGAGCAGUGUUGCAACUCCUCCAGAAGGAAUUACUGCUGAAGUCCUAGUGGUCACCUCUUUUGAUGAACAGCACAAAAGAUCUCAAGUUGCCAAGGGGAAUGUUGUUUACAACCAGCCUUUCGUCAGUUAUGAAGAAACUGUCAAAUACAUAUUACUGGGAGCAGUUGAAGCUGGUAAAGUUGGAGCGGUGGCAUCCCUUAUCAGAUCCAUUGCUUCCUCUAUUAAUAGCCCUCACGCUGGGUGGCAGCAGUACCAAUCUGAUGUGCCGAAGAUUCCUACAGUCAUUUCAGUGGAAGAUGCCGAAAUGAUGGCAUGGAUGUCAUCCCGAGGCACCAGGAUUGUUGUGACCCUGAAGAUGGGAGCCAAGACCUAUACCGAUAUUGUUUCCUUUAACACCGUGGCAGAAAUAGUUGGAAGCAAGUACCCAGAACAGGUUGUAGUGGUCAGCGGACAUCUGGACAGCUGGGAUGUUGGGCAGGGAGCCAUGGAUGACGGUGGUGGAGCAUUUAUAUCAUGGGAACCAUAUUUAAUUUUGUAUGUCCUAGGGCUCCGCCCCAAGAGAACGCUGCGGUUGGUGCUGUGGACCGCGGAAGAAACAGGAGCGGUGGGUGCUGAGCAGUACUACCAGUUACACAAGGGUAACAUCUCCAACUUUGACAUUGUCAUGGAGUCUGAUUCAGGUACCUUCAUGCCAAUGGGCCUGGCUUUUACAGGCAGUGAUAAAGCUCGUGCCAUACUAAAGGAGAUUAUGCAGCUGCUGCAGCCUAUCAAUAUUACAAACAUUUAUGAAAAUGGUGGUGAAACAGACACUGAUUAUUGGGUGAGAGAUGGAGUACCAGGUGCCAGUUUUCUUGAUGACAUCAGUAAAUACUUCUGGUUUCAUCAUACUCAAGGGGACACAAUGACAGUUCAGGAUCCAAGCCAAAUGAAUCUUUGUGCUGCUGUUUGGACUGUUGUCUCCUAUGUAAUUGCUGACAUAGAAGAGAUGUUGCCAAGGUAAUAAAAAAACAAGAAAGAAGACUUAUAUUCUUCAGUCCACUAAUGCAUGUGGUCCACAGCUGUUGGAAAUUCCUUUUUCAUCCUGAUUUUUGCUGAUUUUUAUUUUUGUUCUGUGACCUCAAAGCACAUUCCUUUUACAUGGUCUUGUUUACUGAUUUAAUGCCUUCCAUUUGUGAUUUUUACUUCAUGUUUCUUCUGUUAAGUAUUUUUACUCAUUAAUCAAUGUCUAAUGUCUGUCUCCUAAAAUUAUGGCAGAAUAGCCGUCUAUAAAAAAGUAACCCUGUAUAGCAGGAAAAUACACUGAAUAAAUCUGUGGCAUCAGAA